UCUUAGUGCCCUAUCUGUUAAUGCUGUUCCUAUGUGGCGUCCCUCUCUUUUUCAUGGAAUCUUCCAUGGGCCAAUUCGGGGGUACCGGCUGCAUAACGAUGUUUCGAAUGAGCCCAUUGUUCAAAGGUGCGGGCUUCGCUAUCGUCAUUGUCAAUAUUAUCUGCACGAUGUACUACAAUGUCAUAAUAGCUUAUCCACUCAUGUUUUUGGUAAUGUCGCUAAGAAAUACUCUGCCCUGGGAGGAUUGCGACAAUCCGUGGAACACGUAUGGCUGUUUAAAGCUUGGCGGCGAAGUGUUUACAAAAAAAAAUACAACGGAUCAAAUUCAAUUGAUUGAAAAUACUAAAACACCCGCUGAUGAAUUUUUUCAUAAUCACAUUCUCAAGAUAUCCGACAGUAUAGAUGAUAUUGGCGGAAUAGUUUGGCCAUUAUUCGUUUGUAACUUAAUCUCAUGGAUUAUAGUCUUUCUAUGUAUUUGCAAUGGCGUUAAAACUGUCGGCAAGGUUGUUUAUUUUACCGCGACGUUCCCGUUUAUCAUCUUGUUCGUUCUUUUCAUCAGAGGCGUCACGCUUCCCGGCGCCAUGGAUGGAAUUCUCUUCUACAUCAUGCCGAAAUGGGACGAGCUAUUAAAUUUAAAAGUAUGGGCAGAUGCAGCGAUUCAAAUUUUUUUUUCCCUUGGUCCUGGUUGGGGCGGUAUCGUAAACAUGGCCAGUUACAAUCCAUUUCAAAAUAAUAAUCGAUUAGACUCGAUAUUAGUGCCCAUUUUGAAUUGCGGCACAAGUAUCUUCGCUGGCUUCGUCGUUUUCUCGGUGCUUGGCUUUAUGGCUUACAAAACUGGGCUUCCUGUAUCAACGGUCGCAACCGGAGGGCCCGGGCUUGCCUUUGUCACAUAUCCGGAAGCAAUAACAAUGCUUCCUUUCCCUCAAUUUUGGGCUGUCCUAUUUUUCUUCAUGCUUUACCUCUUAGGAAUGGACAGUUGCUUUGUACAAAUUGAAGCUAUAAUAUCGAGCGUUACGGAUGCAUAUCCAGACUUGAGAAAGCGUAAGCACAUGGUUACCCUAGUGUCAUUGGUACUUUUAUUUCUGGGAUCUAUUGUUUUUGUUACAAAUGGCGGAAUGUACAUUCUUCAAAUGUUUGAUUGGUAUGCUGCGUCGAUCUCUGUUAUCUCUAUUUGCCUCGUCGAAGUAAUUGUCGUAGGAUGGACUUACGGCUGUGAGAAUUUCGUUCGAGAUGUCGAAUUCAUGAUCGGGGAAAAAUUGCACUGGUGGUGGCCACUCUGCUGGAAAUAUAUAACACCUAUUAUAUUAUCCUUUAUUUUUGUGACAACGAUAAUGUUCAAUACUCGAUUAACUUAUAACGGAAUCGCUUAUCCGGAGUGGGCUGUCGCCCUCGGCUGGUGCUCGUGCCUUAUCAGUAUGCUGUGUAUCCCUGGAUACGCUAUUUGCUACUUGACCUUCUCUAAGGGAAGUCUGAAAGAAAAAAUCGAAUACGGGAUAAAUCCAACGAAAGAAUGGGGACCUCAGAAGAAGGAGAACCGCGAAGCUUGGGAGAAAUUUGUUAAAAAUACACGAAGACUUUCUGAUCGCUCGUUGGUCAAUAGCGUUAAAGUAACAAAAUGCUAAAGUAGGAGAGCGCCCAAUAGAUUAAGAUUGUACGUAAGUUUUGAUAAAGAGUACGAUAAUAUGAAAUUCAUAAUGAAUGGCCCAUCGAGCGUCCAACGAUUGAUUGCACCUUUAAUUAAAAAAGAGAGAAAAGAACAU